AAAAGAGCACUGUAGGUGGAAGAUGUGCCUAUCCCACUUGUGUUGACUGUCUUUAUCUCUCCACGUCGACAUGGGACUGCGAGGUUCCAAACAGCCAGAAGUCCAAGUUCUCCUUCUGGGUCUGGACAACGCUGGAAAAUCGACCCUCCUCUACAAACUCAAACACAACGCGUGUGUCAGCACCGUGCCUACCAUCGGCUUCAACGUGGAAAUGCUCGAUGCGAAAAAGAACAGGAAGAACAUCGCUUUGACCGUGUGGGAUGUCGGUGGUCAGGGAAAGAUGCGCGAACAUUGGAAGAGUUUCCACCAGGACGCAGCAGCUGUCGUGUUUGUUGUGGACAGCUCGGACAUGGAUCGUCUGGAGGAGGCGCGAAGGGAGCUGGAGAACACGCUGAGGAGCGAUCAGCUGAGAGGACGACCGCUGAUACUUCUCGCCAACAAACAGGACGUGAACGGCGCUCUGACUGUCACUGAAAUCAAGGACAGAUUUAACAUGAAGAAGAUUGGCACAACUCGAGAUUGGUUCGUCCAGCCUUGUUCCGCAUCGACGGGAGUUGGAGUUGAGGAGGCCUUCAGACGAGUGGUCCAAAUGGUCAAACUCCCUUCAGACACUGUGGCGAUGAAAGAUAAUAUUAAGGAGACAGUGCACUACAUCAGAUCGACUACCAGACAUUAAAUUUUAUUAUAUAAAAUGUGAUUUCAAAUCAUUGACAAUCAGACAAAUUAAAUUACAAGGAUAUGCAAUCAAUCUAAACUCAUUUAUACCAACAAUAAAUCAUAUUUAAAGAGAUCA